UGUACUUAUCUCUUCAUUCUUCUAAACAUGACUUUCUUUUCUUUUCAGAUAGUGACGGUGGUACCAAAUACCUUUUGUGUCACCUUAAAUAAUUUUCUUUUGAAACUUCAACCUUUUGGAAUAGAAAAACUUUACAUAGUUAAUUUACAGUUUGAUUGCCCAUCUAUUGUGGUUACUAUAUGUAAAAAUUCUCCAUUAAUUAAGUGGAUUUAUCUGAGAAUAGAAUUUGUCAAAGGGGAUAUUUUAAGGGAAAUUGGACAUGCUGCUCCUAGCAUUGAAACAGUUAUUGUUGCUGUCAGAAAAGAUGAAAUAUUUGAGGAAAUAUCAUCUACUGUUGAAAUUGUGAUUGAUGGUGGGGAGGGUCUGGAAGAUAGUUUAUACACAGGCUUUUUUGAUGGCCUAGACAAAAAUGCUGUCAAUCUUAAAAUUCAGAAUGGGGAAGGUUUUAAAAUGACUUUCCCAAAAUUAAAGUAUGUAGAUGUAGGAAUUCAUAGAGAUGUACGGGACUUUUUGCAUCACCUCUUAUACAUAUACCCGGAUAUAAGAAGCAUCAUGUGUGAUUCAGAAGACUGGGUUCUGAGCAAGUAUUCUCUCAACUUUCCAUUUGCAUCACCUUCAUAUCUGGGUGCUGGUCCAAAGUCCUUACAAGAGAAAGUAGUCGAGUAUAAUCUUCGUGAAAUGAGCUUUACGUCAUUUUGCCUCUGUUCAAAAUUACACGAUAUUACUAGAUUCAAAAAGUUAGAGCACAUUAGUUUACAUUUGUUGAGAGGCCCAUGGAAAAUUAAACAUACCAGUGAAAAUGCAGAACUUCUUUCUCGAAUUAGUUGCCAAUAUUUGACUAUUUUUGUUGAUGUUUACAUGAGUAAUGAUGAUUUAUUAGGUUUAUACACACCAUCGCUGCAGAGAGUUGGAUCAUCUCUGAAAAUAUUACAGUUUCAUUUUACUAAUGAGGUGAAUGUCAAGGUUUUAUGUCAGCUCAUCAAUAUGUGCCAGUCCUUAGAGGAGCCGGCACUUGUAACAUCCUGUGAGAGAUGUGAGGUUGAAGGUGAGGCCACUGACAGGAUAGACCUUUGCCAGUUAACAAGGUUGAAAUGUCUUAGUAUCUCCAGUCACUACAAUGUCACUGAUACUCUGUACUUGUUGUCACACAAACUUAUCUGUUCUUCAACAAAUCUAACAACUUUGGAGCUUGAGCUUGGUGGGCGAAUUGUAACAGAAUGGCUGAUGGAGAUUGUCACAAGUGGGGCUCUGGCAGGACUGAAAAUCUUUCAUUUAAAUUUGCCUGGUUACAGUUUUGAUAAGUUGAUAAUAAGUAACUUUUUCAUUCCUUUGAUAAGUGCUUUACCUCAUCUUUCAUGCUUGAUGCUGGGCAGUGUUUGUUACUGCAUUAUCCAGGCAUUAAGGGAAAGAUACAGAUGGUCAAAGUUGACAAUCAUUUCUAGGACUUCAUCAUAUGUGGCAUUCAGAAGUCUCACUUGCCGAUGCUGUUAGAUACAGCUCACUUUACAGGGCAUGUGUGCAUUAUCCUCAGUUAUAAACAUUAAUUGUUUCUCAGCUAGAGUAAAUGUUUUAAUAUAAAUUAGUCAGUGAAACAAACUGAAACAUCAUUAAAGUUCAAUCUCCAAUUUGUGGAUUACUUGUGAAGAAUGCAAUGUAUACAGCUUGUGUCUGUGUUGAAAUUGUGAAUUAGGGCUGUGUUUUCCUAAGAAACUAUAUUAAAUUUAAUUGUAGGAGAUGCCUAGCAUCAGCCAGUAGGCUUACUGCAGUGUUUCUCACUCCUAGUAUGAAUUGCCUGGCAUAGGGUAGCAGGCCAACUGCAGGGCUUGCCUAACAUGGGCCAGUAGGUCAUCUGCAGUACGUACUCCUCUAAUCUUAUGUCUGGUGAUAUUUCUGAGGAAAGAUUGUCGGGCUGGUUCAGUAUGUACACUAUACCCUGCGUAAUAAUUGAAAGAACACAUGACUGAUUUAUAAUAGCAUUCCUUUUAUUUAGUAUAUUUUCAUCUUUGCAAGAUAGUAGGUUGGUAGACAGCAACCACCCAGGGAGGUACUACCGUCCUGCCAAGCCAGCGUAAAAUGGAAGCCUGAAAUUGUUUUACAUGAUGGUAGGAUUGCUAGUGUUUUUUUUGUCUCAUAAACAUGCGAGGCUUCAGGUACGUUUUGCUACUUCUACUUAAACUUAAGUCAUACUAUACGUACAUGCAUGUACAAGCAUAUAUACACACACCCCUCUGGGUUUUCUUCUGUUUUUCUUACUAGUUCUUGUCUAUGUUUAUUUUCUCUUAUCUCCAUGGGAAAGUGGAACAGAAUUCUUCCUCCAUAAGCCAAGCAUGUUAUAAAAGGUGACUAAAAUGCUGGGAGCAAGAGGCUAGUAACCCCUU